AUGGCAAACCAGACCCUUGAUUAUGCAUACACGCUCUUCAACCGCUCAGAUGCCAUCAGAUUUAAUAGACGGGCAAGCUUGGUGGAAUUGGUCACGGUUGUCUCUGAUAUAUUCAUUGCAAAGUGCUUGAACGUAGCACUGUUGACCGCCUUGAUCUAUCACACUCGUUCGUACUGUAAUUUCUCGUCUUACAUGAUUCUCCCACAAGAACCGACAUGCACUACAUUUCAAGUCAUAACGAUAGAUAAACAAAUACAGUACUUCUGGGUGAGCCCAAUAGUUUCUGAUAUAAACCUAUGGCUUAUUGCUGGAAUCAAAGUCCAAGCCGUGUAG